AUGGACCAGGACCUGCCUGGAAUCCAGCCUCAUGAUGAGGAGUUCUUGUUUCACGAGCCCUUUGUAGUACGGUUUGGUGGCCAAGCAGGAGCCACGGUCACCGAACCCAACCCUGCCAACGCUGAGAACCCUUUUGCCCUCUACGAGGCAGGCCUGGCCGAUGUCUCGGAAACUAAUGUCUACGCCCCGUUCGCCUCAAUGAUGGACUGGCGCAUUGCCCAAUGGGCCAAGACGCGAGGCCCCUCCUCGGGCAGCGCAUUCAAUGAGUUCCUGACUAUUGACGGGGUUUUAGACAGACUCGGCAUCUCAUUCAAGAACACCAAGGAGCUGAAUAAGCUCAUCGACGCCGGCCUACCUAAGCGACCCAAGUUUAUUCGCGAAGUCCUCGAGGUCGAUGGAGAACAGUACGAUUUUUGGGUGCGAAACACUAUGGAGUGCAUUCGCGUGCUCUUCGGUUCGUCUGAUUGGGCCGCGAAUCUCCUUGUGGCGCCCGAGAAACACUACGUCGAUCAGUCGAAGACAACACGAGUGUAUGGAGACAUGCAUACCGGCAAUUGGUGGUGGCGCCUCCAGCGCAAAAUCGAAUGCAAGACGCCUGGUGCCACGGUCGUACCUCUCAUCAUCUCCUCCGACAAAACACAGCUCACCCAGUUCCGCAAUCGUGCGUGUUACCCUCUAUAUAUGACAAUCGGGAACAUUCCGAAGGAGAUCCGCCGCAAAUCCAGUAGGCAGGCGCAACUCCUCGUUGGCUAUCUCCCGGUGACUCGACUCUCCCACAUCAAGCAAGACGAAACUCGCCGGCGGGCCAACAGCAAUCUGUUCCAUUCGUGUCUACGCCUCGCUCUCGCGCCUACUCGGCAACCUGGACGACAAGGCACCGUGAUGACCACGGGUGACGGUACUGCCAAACGCUGCCAUCCAAUCCUCGCCGCCUACGUCGGAGACUACCCAGAGAUAGUGUGUGUCACCGGUGUGAAGAACGGCGAGUGUCCAGCUGGAGUCGUGGACCCGGACAUGUUAGGAGAGGCUGUUGGUUGCACCGCGCGUGACCUCAACGACAUCUUGGAAGCCCUCGAGACGUUUGAGCGAACGGGAUCUGCAGUCGAGCACAUCCUCGCAUGCCAGGCCGCAGGUAUCAAGCCGCUGACCGACCCAUUCUGGCAAGGACUCCCCUACGUCAACAUCUAUCUCUCGUUACCCCCCGACAUCUUGCAUCAACUCUACCAAGGCAUGGUGAAGCACGUUGUCGCAUGGCUCAAGUCGGCAUACGGAGCCCGCGCCAUCGACGCCCGGUUCCAAGCCCUUCCUCCUAACCACAACCUCCGACACUUUUCGAAGGGGAUCUCACAUCUGUCGCGCGUGUCUGGCACAGAACAUCAAGAUAUCUGCCGAGUUCUCCUGGGGGCCAUCAUCGACCUCCGCUUACCUGGAGGUCGUAACCCAGCUCGUCUCAUUCGCGCUGUGCGCGCUCUCCUCGAUUUCGUCUAUCUCGCCCAACUCCCUGCUCAUACAUCUACGACACUUGGACAGCUCGACAACGCCCUCGUCCGGUUUCAUGAAAACAAAGCGGUGUUUGAAGACCUCGGCAUUCGGAGCCACUUCAAUUUCCCAAAGCUUCACUCACUUCAGCACUACGUGUCAGGGAUUCAGCUGUUUGGGACCGCUGAUGGCACAAACACUUCAGCGUCCGAACACCUCCACAUCUCACUGGCGAAGGAGCCGUGGCGUAAGUCCAACCGAAAGGAUGAAUACCCGCAGAUGACCACCACCGUUGUUCGCCUCGAACAGAUCCACGCCCACGCGCUGUACAUUCAAUGGCGCCUCGACGGCCGACCCAACAUCGCCACUGUGCCCACCCACAUUCCUCAUAAGCCCCACCACCAUCUCACGCGCCAUCCGACACGCAAGUCCGUCCCGUUUGCUGCUGUCGACUCGCGAUAUGGAGCCUCCAACUUUGAGCACGUCCUCAAGGAGUUCAUCGUAAGUUACAAGCAUCCUGAUCUGUCCGGCCGCGAGCUCGCGGAUCACGUCGCUGUGUACGACCUCCCUUUCCGCGCGGUCUCAAUCUGGCACAAGAUCAAAUUCUGGAACCAAGAUGCAUUCCAACGUCGGAGCGCACCUGAAACCUUGGAUACCCUCCAUGCACGACCAGGAUACCGGGAUACCCAAGGCCGACUGGUUGCUGGAAGAUUCGACACCGCCCUUGUCAAUGAGAGGGAGGGUGGGCAUAUAGGAGUCACUGGAUAUCGUGUGGGCCAGGUUCGCGCGAUAUUCUCCCUGUCAAAGAAAGCCCACCAGAACGUAUUCCAAGACCAUCCCGACGCGCCCUCCCAUUUCGUCUACCUGGAGUGGUUCAGUCGCUUCAAGCCACGUCCCGAGCCCAACCAUCUCUUCUACCGCAUACAGCGACCGCGUACGCAAGACGGUGAACGUUUUGCUGCAAUCGUACCUUUGGAGAGCUUGCAUCGCAGUGCUCAUCUCAUACCAAAGUUCGGGGCUGUGCAGCCUCCGGAGUGGACGAGCGACAACGUUCUUGAGCUCUGCGAGACGUUCUACGUUAACUCGUUCACGGACAGGCACACGUACAUUACCGUAGUCUAA